AUGGCAUUCUGCUCUUGUUCUGGUGGAUUGAUUGAUUGGUGUGCUUGUGCGGAUGAUUUGUGCGAAGGCGACGCCAAGAACGCCCACCUGAUGUCUCUGGACGGCGUCGCGGAGAGGCUGCGGCUGUUCAAGGCCGACCUGCUCGACUACGGUAGCGUGGCGGUGGCCAUCGCCGGCUGCAACAACGUCUUCCAUGUGGCCUACCCCGUGCUCCUCUCCGCCCCUAACCCAGGGGUUCAUACACAUGCUGCUGCUGUAACGGGCACGACGAAUGUGCGGAAGGCUUGUUCAGAAGCAAGGUUGGGACUUGGGAGGGUUGUGGUGGUGUCAUAUGUAUCUGCUGCGAUGGUGAAUCCUAACUGGCCUGAAGGCAAGGCCGUAGCUUGUGUCGAGAAGGAAUUUUUCGUUGGUCCAUCUGUUCAUGAUCUGCCUGCUUCUGCUUGA